CAAGUAUGCGAGGCAGGAGCAUGUUCGCUGGAGCAGUGGCCGCAGUGGCGCUGGGUACCGAGCUCUGCGAGGCGGCGCCCAAAAUCGACAUUAAGGUCAUCGCUCGCCCACGACCGGAAGAGGAGGCCCCGCCGGUGCUGCUCCCCAUUCCGUCGCGCGAUCCUUUCCCAGCAUUCCAAGGUCCAUUUGUCGAUAGCCUUGAGUCGGUGCCGUGCCUUCGUGAGGAGAGAGAGAUGCAGGAGGGCAAGGCCUAUGUUCUGGAUCUCUGUCUUCUUGCGAACGUGACAAUUGAAGCGAAGAUCGAGAAGAACAUCGAAGUGGAAAUGGAAGUGACAGACGGAGUGCCGGAUGAUUCAAUAGGGACCGACGACGUGAGUGAAGUUCCUGACACGACGGAGGAUGGCGACGAUGAUGCUGAAAAGUUGGUAGACCCAGUGUCCGAAGAGAAGAAGGAGCCGGAAAUCCCCACUAUUCUCGGCAUUUUCCGUGGUUGGCAGAUCGAUCCUAUCACUCUGAACUACAAGUACAUGGUUUACGACGAUGGUGACGAUUGCAAGGAUGACGACCAUUACUCCAUGAUUGUAGAAUUGAUCCCUUCCAGUAACCCGGAGUCAGACACGAAACUAUACGGACUCAAGAAAACCGGUAUGUGCACGUUCAAGGCGUCACUGCUUACCUACGUCCCAGAUGAGGACCGCCAUGCAGGUGAAGGGAUUCACACGCCUGGUGUGGUAGACAUCAGCGAUGCAGAGGCGUCUUUGCCAGUAAUUUGCGGGAAAAUGAAGUGUCGAUACGGAGAUAUCUCGAAGCGAGUGCGUGAUUUAUCGGAGCAGAUACGCGGCGUCCAGUCCACUUUGGUACAGGGAUCAUAUUCAGUGAGCACUCUUUUCACCAACAUGACGCUGGAGGCGUCGAAGAACACACUGGAAUCUGCAACACAGAUACUCGAGAAAUCACUCGAACUCUUCAAUGACAUCGAAGAUCUGCAGCGAACGAUUUUCUAG